AUGGAAUGGUUGUCAGAAGACCUACUUGAGGCUGAGGGAAAUAUGGGGCUUCUCCAUAACCAGCUGGCCCAAUCUUUAGCCUGCAGACGCUGUAAUAGCAGCAUCUGCCUCCAGAGUCCAGGGAACCUGAGCCUUCAACUCUUACACCAUUUGGCCUUCCUUAGUUGCCUAUGGAAGCAAAAGUCAGAGGAGGAAGAAGAUGGGGAAGAAAAGAAGGAAGAAGAAUCAUUUACUCUGGAGCCACUGAAACCAUGUUCUCUUUCCAAAGGCAUUCUCAUUGGAAAUCAAGACACCACAGCCCCACCUCAGCCAUCUUGUAGUUCUGAGGGCCUCCCCAAGACCACAGAGAUACCAGAGCAAGUAUUCACACAGCCUUCAAGCCCUUUCAGAUCCUUCCCUACAUUCCAGAUCCUGAACAAUCUACCUGUGAGGAACAAGAUAGCAUCAGAGAGCUCCCUGCAGCAGAGAAAAAGCCAGCUCUUCUGGGGUCUCCCCUCUCUACAUAGCGAGUCCUUGGAGACUAUUUUCCUGAGCUCAGAUGGUCCCUCUCCACUAAAGUUGUCUGUUUGUCCUUCUGUCUUCUUCAACAAGGUUGCCUGCCUACCUGCGUACAACCUGUUGCUUCCCUAUUAUUUUUCCCCAACCCACUAUCCUAACCCUGACGCCCAUACAGUGGAAGAUCUGGCAGGAAUGGCCCUUACCUCUCAGCUAGUUCCACAUCCAUCUUCCCCUCCUAAACCAUCACUAUCCUUCCAUCUUAAGCCUUUGCCUGUGGGCUGCAAGGGAGUCUUAUCUGAUGCUGAGGCACAUACACAGUGGCUUACACAGCAGAGAGAGGUUCCUUGGGUCUCUAAGAGUCAAGCACUGAACUCACAGCCUGAACUCCAAAGAAUCAGACACUCUGUAUUCUUAAAGUCAUCUGAGGACUUGAAGGGGAUGCUGGGAAACUCCAGCCUCCAUCAACACAAUCCAGAAUCACGUUCUGUCUCUCUGUUGUAUCCCUUUAGUCCUCAGGGUGUCCUAACUAGGUUUGAGGCCCCACGGAUGACCAUAAGGCAAAAUGAGUACCUGAAAGCCUCUGAAUCAGUAAUGCCAACUGCCAGCCCAAGCCUACCUUCCCUGUCAGAAUGCCAAAGAGUCAACCCAGUAGGAGACCUGUCUGGAUUGAAGACUUUCUGGGAAACUACAGAGCAAAAAGAGAACCUUCAGAUAUCUGAACCCUCAAUCUUGACCCCUUGCCAAUCCACAGUAUCUACAAAAACACCUCAAGAAACUGUCCCUCCAGGAACUCAACCUAGAUACGAAGUUCAGUGGGGAAUCAUUGUACAUAAAGAGACUCCCCAAGCUUUUGAACUCCUGAUGCCAGCCUCCCAUCAACCUUCAGGUUCUCUGUCAGAACUACAAAACAUUAACCCCAAAGGAAGACUUUCUUCACCUAAAGACUUCUGGGGAAACAUGGGAUACAGACAGAAUCUGAAGGUUGCCAAGUCUCCAAUGCCAGCCCCCUGCCCUCCUCUAGACUCCCUGUUAGACUCCCAGAAAAAGAGUCCCCUAGAAAACCUGUCCAUAUAUGAGCCUUGGGGGCAAUGCAGAGAAAAUUCAGGAAAUCUCUGGGCCUUUGAAACCCCAGUCUUGGACUUCAACACAUGGCUCUAUGCAACCAUUCCUGCAUGUGUCCCAUCCGGCUCUGAGGCUCAGUGGAAGAGUAGGCCUAAUAGAGAAAAUCACUGGGUCUCUGCAAACAUAGUUUCAUCUCUUAGCCCUCCCUCAUCCUCUCUGCCUCACUCCAUAGUAAUGGGUCCCCAAGCAGUUUCCUUAGAGUCUAAAGCUUUGUGGGAGACCAAGGGGCAGGGAGAGAACCUCUGUGUGUUUGACUCCCCAGAUCCUAUCCAUAGAACAGCUCUAGCCCUUGUUAUAGAACCACAAAGCAUCAAUACUGUUGUUGGCUUCCCUAGAUCAGAAAGUAUAUGGAAUAUUGAGCAUUCAAGGAAUUCUUGGGCCUCUGAGACUCCAUGUCUAGCACUCAAGCCAUCCCCAGCUCUUAUACUAGAACCCCUGAGAGUGAGUUCCAUGGUGGAUCCAUUUAAUUCUAAAAUGUGUUAUAAAGACAUUCAAAUAAGAAAAAAACCCUUGGCCUUUGACUGUCCAGCUCACAGCUUACCCCAAUACCUGCUUGAAGCCAGCCCCUCAGGAGUGCCAUGUGACUUUGUGCCUAUGGAAGGGUACAUGAAGCAGAAAGAAAACUGUGUUUCUGUAUUCCCAGCCUGGGUCCCCAACCCACUUCCAAACUCUGUUUCAAAAUCUCACAUAAGUGAGCCUUCUGGAGACCAGUGCAAUUGUAAGCCUAUAGGGGGGACAGCAGAGCAGAGAAAGGCCUCCUGGGCCACUGAGCAAGCAGCCCCCAGCUCACACUCUGUUUCUUCACAAGAGCCACACAUUGACUUUGAGAUUAUAUGCAUAAAUAUGCAAGAAAGAGAGACUUCCCAGCAUCCCAGACCUCCAGUAGUGAAUCUACAUCCAACAUCCUGGUCUCCCAUUCUAGCUAAAGCCCUAGAGUUUGAGCCCAUCCAGCCUGGCCUACAGAAGGCAGAAAUGUUCUCAGAAGCCAAGGCAGAGGCCUCAUCUUCUCAGGGUGGGGCAGUCCCUGAAGUGGUCAAGGCUCCUGGGAUCCAAGCCUGGCAAUGGAGUGAAGAAUUAAAGCUCAGACUUAAGAAACUUCGGCAGAGCUCUGCUUUCCAAUCCCCAGGCCCAAGUCAUUCACUUUACAGCUCUCCAGUCCUAAACUCCCCAACUCCAAGCUCUUGGGGACUCUCCUUUUGUCCCCCACAUCAGACUCCUCCUCUCAGUCUGCACCCCUGUUCUCCACAUUGUAACCCUAAAAAAGUUCAGUGGACAGUACCUCAGCCUGUCCAGGUGCCUCACUUUUCUUGCUCUUCUUUCCAGUCUCAGCUACUAGCUUCUGGCAGAGUAGAACAAGAGUCUCAGAAAAAGAAGAGAAUGAAACAGAAGAUAGUGACCCAAAUCCCAUCCCCAGGGUGUAUUCAUGUGAAGGCUGGCAAGAACUGUUCAGGCACAGGAAAGUCCUCAAAUACAGGGGUUCUGGUCUCAGACAACAGACAAGACAAGACUAUAAUUGUAUUUUCAGACCAAAAGACAGGGAGUCCCAGAAAAUCCAAAACAGGGGGAUGUGGAGAAGGGACUGCAAGAUUGUGCUCAUUCACUGUCAUGGGGAAUAGCCACCCUCCACAGGCCUGGAGACCAGCAGAAGCACAUAGAAACAAAUUUUCUAGGCCUCAGUACAGAGGUCAGAGCACUCCAUACACUGUUCUUCCUCAGCAGCCUCUCUCCAAGGCUACAGGACCCCAGGGUCACCGAAGGGUAGGACUUGUAGCUGGUGAUACCCCAAAGCCUCACCAUUAUAAGCGGUAA